UGUCGGUUGCGACGUUUUAACACUCGACCAUGGAAUUAACACCAAUUUACAUCAGUCAAGACAUCGUAAAAUUGGAUCCGAGAAUUUUCCAGUAAUUAUAUCAGAUGUAUCAGACGCGUCAGUAUCGGAUGAAGAAAUGGCAACAUCGGUUUCAGUAGCUUCUACAGAGACGGAUUCAACAAUAGUGUCAGAACCACAAAAACCAACUUCGUUCCGUACAAGUAGUUACCCUUAUCCACCCGGUAUAAAUCCCUGGGGACGUGGUCGACCUAAAGCACAAUUCAGAAGACCCAAAAAGCCACUGCGAAUGCUAUCUCCGGCGGAACAGGUUGCUAGAGAACUAAGAGUACCUGUUGAAAUCAUAGAGAUUAUUCCGUCCAAUAAUCCAUUUACUGUUUAUAGACUCAAGAAAGGUAAGGUUCCAACGAUUACUGAAGCUGUAGGUCCAUGGAAAAAUGGACAUCCUGGAAGAGGGACUCAUAAGAAUAAAAUGUAUAAUAGAUAUCGUGAGAUUAUGUAUGAUGGUAAAGAUAUUUGUGAAGUUGAAACUUCUAGCGGAGAAACAUUUAUUUGUGAUAGAGAAGAUAUUGAUAUUGUUAGAAAAUCUACGUGGUUUGUACAUGAUGGAAAAGAUAAUAAGUCUGAUAUUAAUGGUGUAUUUGAUAAUAUUAAGGAAAAACGUUGGAUUGCUACUUUUUGUAUCGAUAAUGAUCCGUUUAAUGUGUCAUUUAAGUACAAUGAUGACAAUAAUUCGUAUUUACAGACGUAUAUGGAAGCCGUUCAUUUUAGGAAAAUAACCGAUUUCUAUCUACAGAAUAAUAAUGGAAAAAGAUAA